CAACGGAAAUUUGAAAUGUUGUGAAGGUGUUAUUGGGUGUGUUACCAAGCGCUAAAGAAAACCAGACACAAAGCUUUAUUUGCAAUAUGGUGUAAUUAUAAAUAGAUAUGAUGUUGUGAUUCGGUUCUGAAAUGAUAAGGCUACCAUUCGUGUUCUCUUGUUGGAUUUUCCUGUUUCCGAGUGAAAACCGUGUCACUAUCAGACAUUUUGUGAUUUUUAAACUUAUCUAUAGUUUGCUGUUCUGGACUGUGAUGGCCCAAAAUGUCUAUGAGAACAUGUUCGAGCCGUGUGACCUGGGGUACUGCGGGUCUGGGGAAAGACUUAACUCUAGUACCAGAGAGUGUGUCCCCUGUGAAGAAGGGACGUUUAUUGAUAUUCGCAACCACAGUUGCCUAGACUGCAAGCCCUGCACCCACCCUGAAACGGCCGACUUUGAAAUCAGUUUGUCCAAUUGUACGACAGUGUCGGACACCGUCAUCGGCUGCCGUGAGGGCCACUACAUGAGAGCGGGGGCGGUGCUUGGGAUGUCUGACUCUUGUGAACCUUGCAGUGGGUGCCAAAAGGGGAAAGUUGUAGUGAGGAAAUGUGGAGGGGAAAAUGACACCCUUUGCUCCGUCAACGCCACGGAAUUCUCACAAGUGGAUCAAACCAACACUCACACUUUCUCUAAUGUAGCCAUCGUGGGUAUAGUGUCAUCAUUCACAUUAUCUAUAUCUGUACUCACUCUGAUCUACUGCUGCUACAGAAAAAAUAGAACUGAGAGAAGUAACAGAGAGAUUCCUAAAGUUACAUACAAAUUAAUGAUAGGCAUCCAUUGUACAUACAUAUGAAAUGUGCACAUUGUCUGUACACAUUACAGCAUCGUAUUUUACGUACAAUUUAUUGGGACACAUUAUGUGUGAAUAUAUACUUAUAUCUAAUUUAAAGUUCCCCUUUCAGACCUUGCGAUCUAUGGGGCAGAUGAUGUUGAGGUCAUCUGUUUCUCUGGCCAGCGGUUAACGAGCAAGGUGUCACGUAUCUUUGUUAGACUACACUGUAAAGCCGAAUACAUGUAAAUAGCACCAAACACUUGUAAAAAAACAUGCAAAGUUAUAGGCUUGAAAGAUACAUUCGUU